UUUCGGGCAUCCGGUUAGCACCCCUCGGCACUCGUUUGGUUCGGUCUGGCGGCCGCCAUUGUCCCGGAUGGUAGCUGUUCUCGGUGUCUGUGUCCAUCCGCCGCUUUUCCUUCCUUCCCCGCCGGCCGCACCGCACUACGGGAUACCUUCUAAAGCAAGCUCCGGGCCUCGCAGCGGCCUGCCCUACUGGGCCUCGUCGUCACCGGGAACACCCAGGCCUGAGAGGAGGCCUGCGCCGCCCGAGAGGCUUCCAUGAAGUCUGACUCUCCGCAUCUGAAUGUCAGCUCCUUCGUCUUGUUCUGAGAAGUCGUAGUGAGGGCACCGGCGGUGCCAUGAGGGUUGUGCCGGAGAAGAAUGCGGUCCGGAUCCUUGCGGGCCGAGAGAGGGGAACACAGGCGCAGGGUGCCCAGCGUCUCUUGCAGUGCCUGGUGGAGGAUAAGACUCGGUUCAUGAAAUGGGAAGGCAAGAAGGUGGAGCUUCCGGACAGUCCGCGUUCUACAUUCCUACUGGCGUUCAGCCCAGACAGAACGCUGUUGGCAUCCACACACGUCAACCACAACAUCUACAUUACGGAAGUGAAGACUGGACGCUGUAUACAUUCUCUGGUGGGACAUCGUCGUACCCCAUGGUGUGUAACCUUUCACCCUACCAUCCCAGGCCUCAUUGCAUCUGGUUGCCUUGAUGGGGAAGUGAGAAUAUGGGAUCUACAUGGCGGCAGUGAGAGCUGGUUCACAGAUAGUAACAACGCCAUUGCAUCCCUGGCCUUCCACCCCACAGUUCAGCUGCUGCUUAUCGCCACUGCCAAUGAAAUCCAUUUUUGGGAUUGGAGUCGGCGAGAACCCUUUGCUGUAGUGAAGACGGCCAGUGAGAUGGAACGUGUGCGAUUGGUACGAUUUGAUCCCCUUGGGCAUUAUCUUCUUACUGCUAUUGUAAACCCGUCUAACCAGCAGAGUGAUGAGGAGUCUGAGAUUUCCCUGGACAGCGCGGAGAUCCCCAUCUACCGCCAGCGAUCGCUACUACCGACUCAGCCGGUACGACGUACCCCAUUGCUCCACAACUUCCUGCACAUGCUGUCAUCCCGCUCCUCUGGAACACAAGCUGGAGAGCAGCCUCCUGUACAAGACUCGGCCACACCUUCACCACCUCCUCCCCCUCCACCCCCUCCACCCGCAACAGAGAGCAACCAAAGGCUCUUAUAUUCUCGCAUGCGGGAGCGGGCCCCCGGGGUCAGUGCUCCAUGCUGCCAAGACCCCAAUAUGCUGUGCCUAUGCAUCCGUUGCUCUAGUGCACGGCUGUCUUCGCCUCUGUUCCCCCACCCCGAAGCGCCUGGUGCUCCCUCUACUUCUUCAGGGUUGACCUCCACUUCCUAUUCGCCAGUACAGAGUGACCCCCAGCAUUCUCUGGAACGUCAGCAGCACCAGUCAUCUGCCCAGCAUGACCACGGACUUUUAAGCCGACCUUCUGCCUUUAGCAGUGUACACAGUAGUACAGCCGGUAACACACUGCGCAAUCUGAGCCUGGGACCUACACGCCGCUCCCUUACAGGGCAGCUGUCCCGCUACCAGCAGCCUUCAACAGAGAUGGCUGGUUCUGAGUGGACUCGCACUGUACUAAACAUGGGAUCUAGGCCGGAAACGGAACCCAUGCCUCCUCCCAGAACAAGUGCUGCAUCUGUAGGUUUUUUGUCUGUCUUGCGCCAGCAGGAAGGAGAGUCCUCAUCUGUAUAUACUUCAGCCACCGAAGGAAGAGGAUUCUCCAGCACAGAGCAGGAGGGCUCAGGAGCUCCGCCACCUGUCCACCCCACCUCUGCCCGAACGGAUCUGCAGUGUGAUCUUAGGCGUUUUUUCCUGGAAUAUGAUAGGCUACAUGAGCUUGAACCCGGGGCAUCAGGCACAUCACAGGGACAGGCUCAUGAGAUGCUCAAUAAUAACCUAGAGCCUGAACAGCCGGGCACCUCCCACCAGCCAAACCAGGCACACAGUGGCGAGAGCAGCUCCAACCAGCCCAGAGGACACUUGAAUCGCUGUCGUGCAUGCCACAACCUGCUCACCUUCAACAAUGACACGCUGCGCUGGGAAAGGACACCACCAGCUUAUCCUGAAGCAUCAGGCACAUCAUCCUGGCAAACUCCACCAGUCCCUUCGCCCAGUUCUUUCCAAGCUGGCCUGACAGCUGGCAGCACAGAGCAGCCUGUGGCAUCAGGGGUGGAUAGAACAGACAUAGGAAGUGUGCCAGGUGCAAGUGCCCGUUUGGAACCAGGGACAUCACAGGAAGAGAGAACAGUGGGUGUAGUGUAUAACCCUGAGACUGGACACUGGGAACGGGUCUACAGUCAGCCUGCUACAGUCACCAGAGCGCCGAAUGUACCCCAAGAAGCCUUACCGCAGGAUCUGCCAGAGGAGAGCACAGAAGAGGAUUCUUUAAGGAGGAGGCUUUUGGAGUCCUCGCUGAUCUCUCUGUCUCGCUAUGAUGGCACUGGUUCCCGAGAGCAUCCCAUAUACCCUGACCCUGCCAGGUUGUCUCCAGCUGCUUAUUACGCACAAAGAAUGAUCCAGUACCUAUCUCGGAGGGACAGUAUCCGGCAGCGCUCUAUGCGCUACCAGCAGAAUCGCCUGAGGUCUUCUGCAUCGGCCCCUUCCUCCGGCGAAGGCCAGAGCGCCGUGGAAGCUGGUGACCUGGAAUUUGAGGAGUUUGAGGAUGCUGGGACGAAUCAGAACGAUUCUGAUUGGUCAGCACGAUCACAGGCCAGAAUCACUCUGAUCCAUCCUAGAAGAAGAGCACGACUUUCAGAUCCCAGGCCACUUACAUCGGCUGCAUGGUCAGCGAGCAAUACCCUAGCUCCACAGAGGAGGGAUAAUGGGGACCGAUCCCGGCACAGGACCCCUCGGAACGCCCGCAUGUCUGCACCAUCGCUGGGCCGCUUUGUUCCCAGGAGAUUUCUACUGCCUGAAUAUCUUCCAUAUGCUGGAAUUUUCCACGAGCGGGGUCAACCGGGACUUGCGACACACUCCUCUGUGAACAGAGUCCUGGCGGGUGCUGUGAUUGGAGAUGGACAGUCUGCUGUGGCCAGUAAUAUUGCAAACACAACCUACAGAUUGCAGUGGUGGGACUUCACGAAAUAUGAUUUACCAGAGAUCAGUAAUGCUACGGCUAACGUACUUGUUCAGAACUGCAAGAUCUAUAAUGAUGCCAGUUGUGACAUCUCUUCUGAUGGGCAGCUACUUGCAGCCUUCAUCCCAAGCAGCCAGCGAGGAUUCCCAGACGAAGGCAUAUUAGCUGUCUAUUCCUUGGCUCCGCACAACUUGGGCGAAAUUCUCUUCACUAAGCGUUUUGGUCCCAAUGCCAUCUCUGUAAGUUUGUCCCCGAUGGGCCGGUACGUUAUGGUUGGACUGGCCUCACGCAGAAUCCUGCUGCAUCCUUCCACAGAACACAUGGUGGCUCAGGUCUUCCGGCUGCAAAAACCACACGGAGGAGAGACGUCUAUGAGGCGUGUCUUUAACGUGCUGUACCCAAUGCCUGCCGACCAAAGGCGUCACGUCAGCAUCAACUCAGCUCGGUGGUUGCCUGAGCCUGGACUGGGAUUAGCGUAUGGUACCAAUAAGGGAGACCUGGUGAUCUGCCGACCAGAGGCAUUUGACAAUGUAUGUGACCAGUUUUGGGAGCAAAUGAAUGAGGCUAUUCUACAGCAUAGCACUACUCGGAGCAGCGAGAGACCUGGGACCAGCCGUGCCACGUGGCGGUCAGAUCGUGAUUUGGGUCUGAUGAAUGCUAUUGGUCUCCAGCCACGCAAUCCUAGCACCUCAGUGACAUCCCAGGGCACUCAGACCCCUGCCCCACAGUUGCAGAAUGCAGAGACUCAGACAGAACGGGAGGUACCAGAGACUCGACCUGCUGUCUCUGAAGGCUCCAGUAUGGAGCAGGCAGCACAGCCUGGCAGCUCUACCAGUGAGGUGGGAAAUAGAUUGGAGUCACAAGAAGGGAAUAUGGAGUCUUCAGAGAUCCCUGGAUCAGGCGAGGGACAGGAGGACGCUCUGAGCAGAAUCCAGCGACUUAUGGCAGAAGGAGGGAUGACCGCAGUAGUCCAGAGGGAGCAGAGCACAACCAUGGCAUCGAUGGGGGGAUUCGGCAACAACAUCAUCGUGAGCCACCGAAUCCACCGCAGCUCCCAGACGGCAACAGAUUCCGCCUCGCGCGCCUCCACCCCGCACUCUGCACAACCCUCCACGUCUAGAGAGACCGUAGCAGAACUGGAAAGGCACCUUUCUCCCCUUCAGCCAAGCCGUUCCAUACUGCCAGUGCCGUUGACCAAUAACAACGGUGACCUUAAUGCGCGGCCUCCGAACAGCGGCAACUUUCCAGGCGUGGAGAGGUAGAAACGUGAAGCCGCCAUGUUGGUACUGCUGUAAGGACAGAUCUCCCCCUACCCCUCCACCACCUGUUUACGGUGGGGGGCUUUCGAGCUGUGGAUUAUGGUGCUAUAGACUUUAAGUGAAAUUUUAUUUGAUAGCUGACCCUCCACCAGUGUGCGGAGGGGAGGUGCAGAGAAGUGUAAAAUCGCAGCUGACCUAUAUCACACUGCCCCCCUUCUCUUCCCAUCCUACUUUGUAUAGCAAAAAGACCCCCCCCCCCCCAAAUCACCCUUUAGGAAAGGGUUUGAGGCUCAUACUCUUUUCUCGGCUCCCUUGAAGGUGAACCUAAAGAAGAGUUUUAUAAAUUAGAAUCCCGUUCCGAUUUAUUUUUUUGUUUUGUUUUUUGUUUUGUUUCCAAAGCUAUAUAUUGGUCAUGGCGGGGGAACUAGCACUAACCUUCCCCGUCAAGUGCAAGGAGCUGCUAUAAGACUGUUACUGCCCUUCUUGCUUUGACUGAAGUUCAAGGAGGGAUGCAUGCACUACAGGGAAGGACGAGGCCUAUAAGCCGCCUCUCCUCCAUGCCAGACUUGCGUGUCCGGGUGCUCUGCACCUCCGUUCAGACUCAGCGAUGCACGCCGACGAUCGGUUCUCUCCCACCACAUGCACACAGAGUGGUAUCUGUUUUCAGUAUAAUACACUCAUUCUCCUGCAGUGGUCACAAAUUCAUAAUCAGCCCCCAUUCACUACAAUGGUUUGCCCGAUUUGCCAAACAGUUCCACAAAAAAAAUGCUGCGGUUAGUUUUCAGAUGUGCUUUUUUUUUUUUUUCUUUUUAAUCUUUUUUGCAAAUAUGACCUGUGCUUCUUUGCAGGUCUAAAACAGCUUUUUUUUUUUUUUUCUUUAUCUGCCCUCUGUCUACAGUGUGUGUUUGAUUCUGAUGGAUAAAUGUCCCCCUUGCUUUGUGUGAAUGUCACCCCAAAUCCUUGCCAGAGGCCAGUAGCACAGCUCCCGUGUUAACCCUUACCUUGCCAGACCAAUCGGCAGCUUACCAGAAACCCACACAGGCAGCAUGCCAGCAGCUGCAUCAGUUAACCAGUUGCUCCUUUUAACCUUUGACAUUUGGGCGAGCUCACCCGGAUGUAUGCACCCACUAACGCACACUUGGCACGGUCUCUUGGAGACCCUAAUAGAUGUUGGCAGUAUUAACCGUAAAUGUUACAGGAGGAGCUAGGUUUUUAUUGAAAGCUCUUGCAUGUGAACUACAAAAAGCCUUUCUUUUUCUUUUUUUCAUUUUUAACUAAAUACAAUGAGAGCCGCUGAUGUGAAUCCCAAAUUUCCAGCUGUGCAGAUUUUAACUCGUCAUUCUACCUGCAGUAACCCACCAGGGUGAUACAGAGGGCGCCAGUGAGGAGCUGCAUACUGGCAGGAAGGAUGCACAAUCCGAGGCAGUUGCUGGGCUGUUCUGUUUCUGUUUUUGGGUUUUUUUCCCACUUUUUUAUGAAAGCUCCUUCCCCCUUCAGUGUGUACAGCAGCACCACUGAACCCCGCCUACAAUAACCGCCAAUGCCUGUAUUAACAAUACUGCAGAGCAUUGCUCCAGUAAUGGCUUUAUUGCUAGUGUCUAUCGUAGAACCUUGCUUUUAACCCCUGCUGUACCAUUAAUCUCAGUGGCUGAGCAUUGCUCCAGUGUACUAUGUAGCAGUGAGUACUGGAAGGUUUUCACUUGACUGUCGUUUACCCUUUCCUCCUGUCAUUCAAACCUGCAGAGCAUCACUCCAGUGCCCCGCUGUAACAUAAGACUUGCAGAGCAUUGCUCCAGUAAACCGUAAUGCUUGGUUGGUUUUGCUCUUAUGUGUAACACUUUUUUUUUUUUUUUUGUUUUGGUUUUUUUUCAAGGUGCUGUGCAAAAAGCAUCAUUCCAAUAAUGCAUUGUGACCUUUUAGGGCAUGACUCAAUUCAUGUAACAAUUGUUGAAUCUGCAGAGCAUUGCGCCAGUAAAACCCUGUGACACCAGCUAAA